AUGGCGUAUCUUCUCCUCAACGUCGACGACAUGAUCCUAUCGGCGUCAUCACAAGAACUCCUUCAGCACAUCGUGCGUACCUUGCAGUCUGCAUUUGCUGUCAAGGACAUGAGGCCUGUGAGCUACUUCCUCGGCAUCGACGUUCAGCGCAAUUGCGAGGGCUUCUUGCUCUCACAGUCCUCCUACGCCCUCGACGUCCUCGAUCGGGCCGGGAUGUCCAACUGCAAGCCCGUCGCGAUGCCGGCCAAGACUUCCUCCAAGGCCUCAAGCUCUGAUGGUGUGCCGCUAAGCAAGACCGACGUGUCCUGGUACCGCAGCAUGGCAGGGGCGCUCCAGUACCUCACUCUGACGCGGUCGGACAUUGCCUAUGCUGUGCAGCAAGCUUGCUUGCAUAUGCAUGCUCCCACCGUGGCGCACUCCGCACUUCUCAAGCGCAUCCCCCGCUACAUCAAGGGGACUUCGUCGCUCGGCCUCUAG